AGGAAGGAAAAAAGAGCGAGACAGCCAGGGAAGAGAAAGAUGUCACUGCCUAAGCUCCCUGUCAUUUCCAUUUCCAGCAGGCGCCGGGCGCAGGAGCUGCUCGAACAAUGCUGAGGCGGGCGAGGUGAGGAGCGGCCGGCCCUGCCUCCGCGAGGAAGCGUCGAAGGAGUGUCUCGAACAGGUGAUCGGAGGAGCCGGAAACCGAGGCCACCUGGGCGGGCAUCCCUCCCCUCUCCUCGGCCAGGCCCUGCCCCCCGGAGAAGGUGGGGAAACCAUGGCGACCAAUUUCAACGACAUCGUCAAGCAAGGCUACGUGAAGAUGAAGAGCAGGAAGCUCGGGAUCUACCGCAGGUGCUGGCUGGUGUUCCGCAAGUCCUCCAGCAAGGGGCCCCAGCGGCUGGAGAAGUACCCGGAUGAGAAGUCCGUGUGCCUCCGAGGCUGCCCCAAGGUGACCGAGAUCAGUAAUGUCAAGUGCGUCACACGGCUCCCCAAGGAGACCAAGAGGCAGGCGGUGGCCAUCAUCUUCACUGACGACUCGGCCCGGACCUUCACCUGUGACUCAGAGCUGGAGGCGGAGGAGUGGUACAAGACCCUGUCUGUGGAGUGUCUGGGGUCGAGGCUCAACGACAUCAGUCUGGGAGAGCCGGACCUCCUGGCCCCAGGGGUGCAGUGUGAACAGACAGAUCGCUUCAACGUCUUCCUGUUACCCUGCCCCAACCUGGACGUGUACGGCGAGUGCAAGCUGCAGAUCACCCACGAGAACAUCUACCUCUGGGACAUACACAACCCCCGCGUGAAGCUCGUCUCGUGGCCCCUCUGCUCACUGCGCCGCUAUGGCCGGGACACCACACGCUUUACCUUCGAGGCUGGCCGGAUGUGUGACGCUGGGGAAGGGCUCUACACCUUCCAGACGCAGGAAGGGGAACAGAUUUACCAGCGGGUCCACAGUGCCACCCUGGCCAUCGCCGAGCAGCACAAGCGGGUCCUGCUAGAAAUGGAGAAGAAUGUGAGGCUGCUGAACAAGGGCACGGAACAUUACUCCUACCCCUGCACGCCCACGACCAUGCUGCCCCGCAGUGCCUACUGGCACCACAUCACGGGCUCCCAGAACAUCGCCGAGGCCUCCAGCUACGGCGGUGAGUCCCUGCAGCGCCCCUCGGCCACCUGCCACGAGCCUCUGUGGGAGACGAGGCCUUCUGGGCAGGGACCUUCCCACCUGGACCCGAGUCCUGAGCCUGCCUCUGUGUCCACAGGUGAGGGGCAUGGGGCAGCCCAGGCCAGCUCGGAAACGGACCUCCUCGACAGAUUCAUCCUGCUAAAGCCAAAGCCCAGCCAGGGGGACAGCAGCGAGGCCAGGACCCCCGCCCAGUGACAGCCGGGCUGGCGUGCACCCAUGACUGCGGGGCUGCCCGCUGCGCACUGAGGACAGCCUCAGGGGGCUAUUGGCCACGCGCCUGGAGAAAGGGAGCCGCUGUCCCUUCCUUGCCCCCACAGGGGAGGCUGGACCAAGGCAGA